UGACCCAGAGGAGCUCGAUAGCGCCGUCGGCUCAGCGGGGCUUCCAAGAGGAGACCUGGGUCUGGGACUCGGGGCGGACGGGAAGCGAACCCAGUGCUGCAGGGACCCUACCUCCCGCCAUGAGGACACUAGGGACGUUCAUUUUCCGAGUCAAACGAGUACGUCCCCACCGUUCGGUCCUCCUCCACUGACUUCCGGUUCCUGCGUGCGUCCCCCAAAAGAGCCCGGCCUUUCCGCAGAACGAUUCUGGCCGCAGCGGCGUUCCGGGCCCGCCCAGGUGUGGAGCCCGGAGCGGUGGGGGGGGGGUGCCGCGGCUGGGCUGCGCCGCGCGGUGAGCGCCGGGAGGAGCUCCGCGCCGCGAUCCCGAGCCCUGGGUGGCCCGCAGACUUACUCCACUGCCUCCGGGAACGUGGAGGGAAGGAAGGAAGCGGGUGAGGCGCCGAAUGUGUUUGAAUGCAGGGGCGGGGGGGGGUGGGGCGGCGCCACCAGGUACCCGGAGCCGCCGAGGUGUUCGUGCCGUCGGACUGGAGUUCAUGACCCACAAUGGGAACCUCCGUGUGAAGGCCAAGUAUGAAGCCAGAGUCCCCGCUUUCUAUUACAUCCCUCAGGCCAGCGACUGCCUGGUCUUAAAGGAACAGUGGAUUCGAGCUAAGUAUGAGAGACAGGAGUUUAUGGCCGAUGGGAAAACCAUCUCACUCUCAGGUAACCGGGAAGGGUUCCUGUGGAAGCGGGGCAGGGACAACGCGCAGUUCCUAAGGAGGAGAUUUGUCCUGUUGGCAAGAGAAGGCCUUCUGAAGUACUACACUAAGGAAGAGGGUAAAAGCCCCAAAGCUGUCAUCCACAUCAAGGACCUGAAUGCCACCUUCCAGACGGAGAAGAUAGGCAACCCCCACGGGCUGCAGAUCACCUACCGGAGAGAGGGCCACAUCAGGAACCUGUUUGUGUAUCACGAAAGCGGCAAGGAGAUAGUGGACUGGUUCAAUGCCCUCCGCGCAGCCCGUCUGCAAUACCUAAAGGCGGCCUUUCCUGAGCUCCCAGAGUCUGAGCUCGUGCCCCUCAUCACCAGGAACUACCUCAAACAAGGCUUCAUGGAAAAGACGGGCCCAAAGCACAGAGAGCCUUUCAAGAAAAGGUGGUUUGCCCUGGACCCCCAGGAACGGAGGCUGCUCUAUUAUAAGAACCCACUGGACGCCUUUGACCUGGGCCAGGUGUUUCUCGGGAGCCGGGAGCAGGGGUACGAGGCGUCCGAAGGCCUGCCCAAGGACGUCCAAGGGAACCGCUGGAAAGCGGGCCUCACCAUCGUCACCCCUGAGCGCAGGUUCCUCUUCACCUGCCCCAGCGAGAAGGAGCAGGGCGAGUGGCUGGAGAGUUUCCGGGAUGUGCUCUCCCGGCCCUUGACAUCCUUCAGCCUCCUCAGCGGCGGCACCGAAGAGCAUCCCGGAAGCUGGUCGGGAGCUGGCAGAGCUGGUGGAACGGCUUGUAGACAUCGUCAGGAGCCUUCAGAAGCAGAGGCACCUCCCAGAAUCUGGGCCAGAGAACAAACUGAACGUCCUGGGCAUGUUAAACUCCCGGAAGGUCUGUCUUCUUCCUCAUGCCCACGGACUGACCAGAGCCUCCUUGCAUCCAGGUUUGUUCAAUGGGCUGUCAGUCCAACCUUUGACCUGGGGAGCCUGCCCUGUAGCCUGGAGCUGUCGGAGGACCGCAGGAAGGUGACUGUAUCUCACAUCCCACAGCUUUAUGCCUGGAGUCACGACAGGUUUACCAUCUGCCAGGUCUUAUGCUCCCAGGCCUUCUCUUCUGGGCAGCAGUACUGGGAAGUGGACACUCAGCAGUGCAGUCACUGGGCGAUUGGCGUGGCUUCCUGGGGGAUGAGCCGCGACCAGAUGCUGGGAAGGACCAGGGACUCCUGGUGUGUGGAGUGGAAGGGAACCAGCCAGCUCUCGAUGUGGCACAUGGUCAAGGAAACUGUCCUCGGCUCAGAAAAACCUAGGGUGGUGGGCAUCUGGCUGGACCUCGAGCAGGGGAAGCUUGCCUUCUAUUCAGUGGCUAAUCAGGAGAAACUUCUGGGCGAGUGCCCCGUCUCCGCCUCCUCGCCCCUGCACCCUGCCUUCUGGCUCUAUGGUUUACAUCCCGGAAACUCUCUGACCAUAAGGCCGGUAAAGGUAUAAAGGUUGAAACACCUUGGUUUCCUGUCCUCUUUCUCUGCCUUCAAGAAUCCCACUCCUGAAGGUAAGGGGUGUGCAGGGAAGGGUUAACUCUGCACUGUCCAAAGAAAGAAAGGCGCUGGAACGUAAUCUCUAAUCCUUUGGAAUAUCCUGCCUGAUUAGAGCGUCUUCGUUCACCUGGGGGCCUUGGGCCGGGAGGCGUCAUCAGCUUGACCUCGGAGAGGCUGGAGACCAAGGUCAGCCACCUGGUUGGUGAGGCCUGUCUACCUGAGCGACCUCCACGGAAAGACCUGGAUGCCAAGGCUUGCGUGACUUUCCCUGGCUGACAAUACUCCUUGCACAUUGUCACACAUCGUUGCCGGGAGAAUUAAGAAUUGUCCAUAUGACUCCACUGGGAGAGGACAAUGGGUGUCUCCUGGCUGCUGCCCUAUGUGCCUUCUUUUUACUGCUGAUUUUAAUAUGUAUCUUUUCACUGUAUAAACUGUAUAACAGUUCUGUUGAGUUCUGACAAUCCUAGUGAAUCACUGAACCUGA